AUGGAAAAUCCAGAGGAGAAAGGCCCUGCAUAUGGAGGACAAGAUUUCACACAAGAUGGGACUGUGGAUCUCAAAGGCAGACCAAUUUUAAGAUCUAAGACUGGGAGAUGGAGAGCUUGCUCCUUCAUUGUGGGGUAUGAAAUAUUUGAAAGGAUGGCAAAUCAUGGGAUUUCAGCAAACUUAGUGGUGUAUUUGACAAGGAAGCUCCAUGAAGGCACUGUACAAUCUUCAAACAAUGUCACCAACUGGUCUGGUACCCUUUGGCUCACACCUAUUUUAGGUGCUUACAUUGCAGAUACGUAUAUUGGUAGAUAUAGGACCUUUGUUCUAGCAGUUUCCAUUUAUCUCAUGGGCAUGUCACUUUUAACACUAGCUGUAUCAGUGCCAGCUUUGAAGCCACCAGCUUGUAACCAUGGCAUUCAAGCAGAGGACUGCACAAAAGCUUCACCUUUUCAAGUGGGCAUCUUCUAUUGUGCAUUGUACAUGAUAGCAGUUGGCACUGGUGGAACUAAGCCCAACAUCUCAACCAUGGGAGCGGACCAAUUUGAUGAUUUUGAGCCCAAGGAGAAGUCCCACAAGCUCUCCUUCUUCAAUUGGUGGAUGUUUGCCGUUUUCUUUGGCAACCUUUUCUCAAGCACUUUCUUGGUGUACAUACAAGACAAUGUUGGUUGGACUCUUGGCUAUGGCAUCCCAACAGUUGGGCUUGUGAUUUCAGUGGUGGUGUUCUUGGUGGGAACCCCAUUUUACAGGCACAAAUUGCCUUCAGGAAGUCCUAUCACUAGUGUUGCUCAGGUACUAGUAGCAGCAGUUAGGAAGUGGAAAGUUCCUGUCCCAAAUGACCCAAAAGAGCUUUAUGAGUUGAGCUUGGAAGAUUAUGCAGACAAAAGCAAACUCAAAAUUGACCACACCUCAUCUUUGAGGUACUUGUUCUUAAUGUCUAUGUUUAAUUCUUAG